AUGAAUCAGUCUAAUGAAUUUGAAAUAUCGCAGAGUAAUUAAAUUAAAUAUGACAUUUAUAUCGUAUAUUAGAAUUUGUCAUACACGCUACUAUAAUCAAUCCUGUAUUGAUUUACAAUUUGGAAUAAACAGCUUAAAUGGUCUAUGUAAAAGUUCAUGAUGGAUCGAGAAGAAUAUCAUUUACAAAUUUUGAUGCAAAGAUAUACAAUAUGUAUUUGCAUAUGUAUUAUGCUUGAUAUUCUUCAUUUCAUCCAAUAGUAACUACACACAUGUAAAUACAAUAUACACCUAUCUACAACAAAUUCUAUUCAAUAACAUAGCUAUGUUCCUUGCAAUUCUUGUAUCCUCUUGCAUGAGGGCAUUUCAAUAUUUUUAGCUUUGAUAAAUAGUUCUUGAUCUCCAAAGUUUCUUGCUUUCCACAUCAUUGUUUCUCCUGAGGAUUAAAGAAACAAUAUAGCCAAAGUGUACCCUUUGACUAUUAAUUAUUACUUCUAAAUCUAUUAGUUUAGUUUUAUUAUUUCUAAGAGGUACAAGUAGUCUGCUGUAUUGAGAUAUUUAACAAUCAAUUAGGUAAAAUACUUACUAUAACUUUUCUCUCUAAAACAGGCAUGUCUCAAAUUAUUCAGGUACUCUUCUUCAACAGAAAUUUCUAAUCUACGUAAACUGCCUUGAUAUUCAGUAUGAAAGUUUUCUUUCACAUAAUAGGGCACCUUUAAUCCUUGAGUUGUUCUCGGUACAGAAUAUUUUCUGCACACAAAUUUAAAAUGUGCAUAUAAUCGUGUUUGUAUAAGUCAAUCGCUCUCGUUUAAAAUAUAAAAGAUACCAGAGAUAAGAUCCCCAAAAAUAAAGCAUAAAUAAUGAAAUUGAAACAUACCAUAAAAUUAUUAAUUAAAACUAAUUUAUUCGGCAUUGCUUGUUAUAAGUAUUUGUCAUAAAUUAUAAAUACACUUACGUGUUAGAAUGCAAGCUAUAUACAGGAUCUGAUAUAAAGAAACUGCUCAUCAUAGUUAACAAUAUUAAUAAUAGCACAGGCAACAUUUGAAGGAAUGUGGUAUAUCCAUUUGCUUGCUAAAAGUCAUAAUAUUUAUUAAAAGAUGAUUUGAUUGAAAAAGAAAUUAUACUUAAAUUAGUAUUUUUUAGUAUAUCGGUAAUUUUUUCCUUGAUACCUGAGAGUAAACAUGCUGAGCUUGUGCGUCCUGUUGUCUUGCCCAUCUUCUAGGACGUCUCAUAUAAAACUCUUGCUGUGGGAAUCCACCUCCAAAGAACAUACUAAAUAAUUCUUCUGCUGUUAUAUCAGCUACAAAAAAUUAAUUAAUUAAUCAGUAUGUCUUAAUAAACAUAUUAUACUGAUAGUAUAAGGAGACUGUAACACAAAAAUAAAUAUAUUAUAGCAAUACUUUCAAAUCCUCUUGUAUAAUUAUAAUGUGAAUGAUUUUGAUGAGCUUGAGUACUUUGCAUUCUUUCUUCCUCAGAACCAUACAUGUCAUACUGCUUUCUUUUCUCCACAUCAGUGAGUAUAGCAACAGCAUUUCCAAUGGCUGAUACAAUAUAAAUUAUACAUGUCGCAGUAGUUCAUAAUAAAUUUACAUUAAUUAACAUUUACCUUUAAAGGCUUCAGCAGCACCUGGUGCUUUAUUUUUAUCUGGAUGUAACUGAAGAGCUAAUUUUUUAUAUGCCUUUUUAAUAUCACUGUCAGUUGCAUCUUUGUUUACACCCAAAAUUUCAUAAUAAUCUUUGCAUUUCUUAAUUCUACAAAUAAAUGAAUUACAACAAGAUUAAUGAUAUCAAAAAAUGUUAUACUACAGUAGAUUGAAAAUAAAAAAAAUUUUUAUUGCAUUUCAAUAUUUUUGUUAGUGAUUUUUAAAACUUUAUUUAAUAUAAGUACCUUUUAAUAUGUUCAAGUUGUUCCUUUGUAUAAUCAUUACAAGCUUGAGUAUGUGUGGUUUCUUUAGGUGUGAUUCGACGCUUUCUAACUAUAGGUUCAGAUUCAGGGUUUUGAUUUUGUUUUGACACUUUUGCUAAGACAUCUGUAAAUAUAUAUAACAAAUUGCAAGGAAAUAUUCUCUGUUUCACAUAAUCAUACAAAUUUCAUUUGAAUUCUCAGUUUUCUGUUUAUUCACAUACUUCAUUUUUUAUUUUUGUUAAAACUCAAACUGUAAAAAUCAAUGAUGAAAAUGAAUGCAAAUGAAAAGUUUUACUUUCGUGUAGUUAUAGAAAUUAUACUUCUUAAAGAAUUUGAUGUAAACAUGAAAAUAAUGUCUAAAAGAAUUACAUUUUUCUCUGUAACUUAAAUCUUAAAAAUCGAGAAUACAACAGGAACGUCUUCCAAAAUGAUAAUAUUAAAAACUUCAAAGUUAAGUGUAAGUAAAGUACAAGCGAGAAUUAAUUAAGAUAUUUUAUAGAAGCUGACGUUUUUUCCCUCUUACCUUCUGCUUUUUUCGUUGGAUAAAGUUUUUGUGCUUUACGUAAAAAUUUCUCCGCUUCCUCGUAUCUUUUUUCCCGCAAAUAUCGUUCAGCAAGUUCCAUGCAUCGUUCGGCCUCAUCCUUAUUACUAUCCAUGAUUUUUCUCAAAGAUCGAAUUGAACUUUAUUUUAAACACAAUGACGGAGCAGAAUAAUAAAUAAAUUUAAUCACACUAAUUCUCCGCCAUAGCAAUUUAAUAAGUUGCGUCAUGAACACACUACAAAGCAGAGCUUUCUACUACGUGUCGUAUGAGCGACGACACGUACUACAAGCGCUACUUAUAACUUACGAUACUCUAAUUACUAUUUAUAUUCACGAGUGAUUUAACUCUGUAACCAACCAAUCAGAACGUUACUGCCAUCAAAUAACUAAAAUUUUUAUAAUAGAAAAGAAUUUUGUUAUCAAUAACAUAAAACGACUUAUUAAAAGAAAUAAUAUAAAAACACAUUCAAUAUUGUUUUUUUGAGAUCUAAUAUUACAUUUUUGCGAAUUACACAAUUGUUUUUUUAUAUGAUAAAAAAUAAUUAUUUUAUGAUGAAUAAUUUUUUAUUUGCAUAAAAAACAAUAACAAUAAGAAUUUGUGAAAAAAAUAAAUUCUGACUGUAUACAUCAGGUUAAAACAUUACUGUCAAAGUAGCAUCUCUAGUUUCUUCUGAAUCAAUGUGUUUUCACAAUACAAUAUCUGAAAUUUAUUUACUGUAAAUUAAUAUUAUACAGUAAAACAUUAAUUGAACAUUAUUAUUGUUAGAUGUACAUAUUUAAUUAAACUAUUUUAAGUAAAUUGUAAGUAAUAUUUUUUAUUAAUUUAUUAAAUGACAUUUAUAUUAGAUAUUUUAACUGCGAGGUUAUGUUAACUUAAUUUGAAUUUAUAUUACAAUAAAUUAAUGUUAAAUAUUUGAAUAAUUAAUUCUUAAUUUUAUAUACAUUUUCUAAUUUUUAUAGAAAAUGUUGGGCAUAAGACAGUAUGCACAACGAUUUAUAUCAAACAAAAUAUUUAACACAAAUAACUCAAAUUGUUUACCUAGUAUACAACAAAGAUCGUUCAAUUGGUUUAAAGAGCCUGACGAAGAUGAUGAUAAAGGAUUCCUUAAAUAUAAUAAAGUUAUUUUUCCUCCACAAAAGCCAGAUGAACCAAAAAGACCAGGUUAUGUCUGUCAUGUAAAAAAGAACAUAAAAUAUAGUCCAUUAAAAAUGUGGUAUGUCGCUUGUUUUGUUCGAGGCAUGAGUGUAGAUGAAGCUAUUAAACAAUUGAGCUUUUUAAAAAAGAAAGGUGCAGCAAUAGCAAAAGAUGCUAUCUUAGAGGCACAACGCAUGGCUGUAGAGGAACAUAAUAUUGAAUUCAAAAGUAAUUUAUGGGUUGCUGAAUCUCUUGCAACAAAAGCUUUUGUAUAUAAAGGACUACGACGUCAUGCUAGAGGAAGAUUUGGAAUAGUACAUUAUAGAUAUUGUCAUUACUUUGUACGUUUAGAAGAAGGAAAACCACCAAAACAUUAUUAUCAACCAGCACCGAAAACUGGCGAAGAAUGGUUGCAAGAAUGGAUAGAAGAAAUGCGUAACCGCAAAAUAUAUAAUUCACUGUAAUACAUGCAUAUAAUUAUAUCUAAAUAAAUAAUUAUACACUGUUAUACAAAUUGUUACACUGUUUUUUCAAAUUAUUAUUUUAAUCAAGAUUCAGAAUAGGUUUUAUCAUUUCUCCAAACAAAUUUGUGUUGAAGUUAGAAUUUAUUUAAGAGUAAGUAAUGAAUGUGUAAUAAUAAAGAAGACAAAUACAUGUCAAAUAUAUUUUACAACUUCAACUUGGUUCUUCUCCAAUGACGCCGUUUUGCGUUAUAUCUGUAAAACGAAUCAUAAUAAUAGUAGUACAAUAAUUAAAAAGGAAUAUUAAUAUGUAUAUAUGUAACAUAAUAAUUUAUAAUUUAUACCUGAUAGUAUUGCCAGUACGCAUUCUGACCCACUGUGGAAUCGGUCUGUUUUGCUUCAAUUUUUUGGCAAGCUUUCGCUUAAUAAUAAACGUUUUAUGAGCCGACUGAAAUAGAUUAUACAAUUUAUAUACAUUUUAAAUGAAAUUUUCUAACAAUUAUUUAUAUGUAAUUAUUAGGAUGUCAAACAAAUCUUUAG